GGGCGGCUAGUGACCGGAGCGACACGCGCCCGCCGCGACCCUAUGCAGUGACUCGUGCGGCGCAGGCGCCUCCUGCCCCGCCGGCGGGGCCCGGCCUUCCCGUGGCGGGAUGUUCUCCCGAAAGAGCCACGGGGAUGUGAAAAAGUCCACGCAGAAGGUGCUGGACCCCAAGAAGGACGUGCUGACCCGCCUGAAGCACCUGCGGGCGCUACUGGAUAAUGUGGAUGCAAGCGAUCUUAAGCAGUUUUUUGAGACCAACUACUCUCAGAUAUAUUUCAUCUUCUAUGAAAAUUUUAUAACACUGGAAAAUAGUUUGAAGUUAAAAGGGAAUAAUAAAUCACAAAGGGAGGAGCUGGACUCCAUCCUCUUUCUUUUUGAAAAAAUACUGCAGUUUCUACCUGAACGAAUUUUCUUUCGAUGGCAUUACCAGAGUAUAGGCUCAACUUUAAAGAAGCUUCUACACACUGGAAAUUCUAUUAAGAUAAGAUGUGAAGGAAUCAGACUGUUUCUUUUGUGGCUUCAAGCACUUCAGACAAACUGUGCAGAAGAGCAGGUGCUGAUUUUCGCUUGCCUAGUGCCUGGUUUCCCAGCGGUCCUGUCAUCCAGGGGACCCUGCACACUGGAGACACUCAUCAACCCUAGCCCUAGUGUAGUUGAUGCAAAAAUAUACCCAGAAGAAAUCACCCCACUUCUGCCAGCCAUAUCAGGGGAGAAGAUUGCUGAGGACCAAACCUGCUUUUUUCUUCAAAUACUGUUGAAAUAUAUGGUUAUUCAGGCUGCAAGUUUGGAAUGGAAGAAUAAGGAGAAUCAAGAUACUGGUUUUAAAUUUCUUUUUACAUUAUUUCGAAAGUAUUAUCUUCCUCAUUUGUUUCCAUCAUUUACUAAGUUAACCAAUGUCUACAAACCUGUACUUGAAAUCCCCCAUUUGAGACCAAAGCCAAUAUAUGUUACUGUAACUCGAGAUAAUGAAACAACUUACAGUACAAAAAUUCCAUACAUGGCAGCGCGUGUUGUUUUCAUUAAAUGGAUUGUAACUUUCUUUUUGGAAAAAAAAUAUCUAACUGCAACACAAAACACUAAAAAUGGAGGUGAUGUAUCUAAAUUCAUCCAGACUGGUGGUGGUGGUGCAGCCCAAGAAAAGGUGCCGGAGCUGGAUGGUGCUGGGUCCACAGAGCAGGACAAAAGCCAUUCUAACAGCAGCACCUUGUCUGACCGAAGACUCAGCAACUCCAGUCUUUGUAGCAUUGAAGAAGAGCAUCGAACAGUGUAUGAAAUGGUGCAGCGGAUCCUCCUGUCAACACGGGGUUAUGUGAAUUUUGUGAAUGAAGUAUUCCGACAGGCAUUUUUGUUGCCUUCCUGUGAGAUAUCUGUAACAAGAAAAGUAGUUCAAGUCUACAGGAAGUGGAUUCUCCAGAACAAACCGGUGUUCAUGGAGGAACCAGAUAAAAAGGAUGUUGCCCAGGAAGAUGUUGACAAAUUAGGACUUUCUGAGACUGACUCCAAGGAGGCCUCAUCUGAAAGUUCUGGCCAUAAGCGGUCAUCCAGCUGGGGACGUACAUAUUCCUUCACAAGUGCCAUGAGCAGAGGAUGUGUGACAGAGGAGGACAACACAAAUGUGAAAGCUGGGGCCCAGGCUAUGCUGCAGGUCUUUCUUACAAAUGCUGCGAAUGUCUUUUUGCUGGAGCCGUGUGCUGAGGUCCCCACGCUCCUGAGAGAACAAGUGGAUGCUUGCAAAGCUGUGCUGAUUAUUUUUCGGCGCAUGAUAAUGGAACUCACAAUGAAUCAAAAGACAUGGGAGCAGAUGUUGCAAAUCCUUCUCAGGAUAACAGAAGCUGUCAUGCAGAAGCCAAAGGAUAAGCAUGUAAAGGACUUGUUUGCCCAGAGCUUGGCAGGGUUGCUCUUCAGGACACUUAUCGUGGCUUGGAUCCGAGCAAACCUCUGUGUGUACAUUUCUCGGGAGCUUUGGGAUGACUUUCUAGGUGUGCUGUCAUCCCUCACAGAGUGGGAAGAGCUCAUCACCGAGUGGUCCAACAUCAUGGACUCUUUGACAGCGGUGCUCGCAAGAACUGUGUAUGGAGUUGAGAUGACAAACCUACCUCUAGAUAAAUUAAGUGAACAGAAGGAGAAGAAGCAGCGUGGCAAAGGUUGUGUUCUAGAUUCCCAAAAAGGGGCCGCUGUGGGUAGAUCCUUUUCUCUCAGCUGGCGUAGCCAUCCUGAUAUGACAGAGCCAAUGAGAUUCAGAAGUGCUACCACAUCUGGAGCACCUGGAGUUGAGAAGGCCAGAAAUAUUGUUCGCCAAAAAGCAACUGCUAAGCGAAGCCAGUCUAUCAGCAACUGUGUCCACCUCUCUGAGGCUUUGCCUGCCACUAAAAGCGUCCCGCUCCUCCUCCAUACCGUGAGCGCUCUCUUCCCUGGUCUCUCUUACUCUUCUUGCUCUCACAGGCUGUCAGAAGUGGAGGAGUUCCAGCAGGCGGAGAGCACACCCACAGCCGACUCUGAUUAUCUUGUGCUGGGACAGCAGCAGGUCCCCCGGAGCAGCAGCGCCUCUGACAUCACUGAGCCUUUGUGCUCAGAUUCUUCUCAAGGUCAAAAGGUAGAAAACUCACAGAAUUUGAGCUCUUCAGAACCCAGGUCUCUUCAAGAGAGUAAAGAACAUGUGAAACGAGAACAUGAAGGAAUAACAAUCUUGGUUCGAAGGAGCAGCAGUCCUGCUGAGCUGGAUCUGAAGGAUGAUUUACAGCAGACACAAGGAAGAUGCAGGGAGAGACAGAAGAGUGAAAGUACGGGUAGUGACACAGCUUUGGGCUCCAACAAUGAGACAGAGCUACCCAUGAGCCCAUGGCAGACUUGUGAUGAGGACCCAGAACUCAACACUCCCACAGAUGCUGUGCCAGACUCUGAUGCCCGCCACUGGUUACAACUGAGUCCUGCUGAUGCUUCAAACUUAACAGACAGCAGAGAAUGUCUUGCAGACGACUGUAGUAUAAUUGCUGGAGGGAACCUCACUGGUUGGCACCCAGAUUCAGCUGCUGUGUUAUGGCGAAGAGUCUUGGGAAUCCUUGGGGAUGUGAAUAAUAUCCAGUCACCGAAGAUCCAUGCCAGGGUUUUUGGCUAUCUCUAUGAUCUGUGGUAUAAGCUGGCCAAGAUACGAGACAAUCUAGCGAUAAGCCUGGAUAACCAGUCGUCUCCAUCUCCUCCACUCUUGAUCCCACCACUCAGAAUGUUUGCAUCAUGGCUAUUCAAGGCUACAACUCUGCCAAAUGAAUAUAAGGAAGGCAAACUGCAAGCCUACAAACUGAUCUGCGCCAUGAUGACCAGACGCCAGGAUGUUCUGCCAAACUCGGAUUUCCUGGUGCAUUUCUACCUUGUGAUGCACCUGGGAUUAACCAGCGAGGACCAGGAUGUCUUAAACACUAUCAUAAGAAACUGUUCACCCCGCUUUUUCUCCCUGGGUUUGCCUGGUUUCUCAAUGCUGGUCGGGGACUUUAUCACUGCUGCUGCCAGGGUCCUCAGUACAGACAUGUUGGCGGCACCCCGGGCAGAAGCUCUCACUCUCCUCGGCUCCCUCGUCUGCUUCCCAAAUACCUACCGGAAGAUCCCUCUGCUGCAGUCAGUGCCAGAAGGGAGUGAGGUCGGCACAGGAACGGAAGAUGUCAAGCAUUACCUCAUAAAUAUUUUACUGAAGAAUGCUACCGAGGAACCAAAUGAAUGUGCAAGAUGCAUUGCCAUUUGCUCCCUCGGAGUCUGGAUCUGUGAAGAGCUUACACAGUGUGCCAGCCAUCCUCAGGUGAAGGAUGCCAUCAAUGUGAUAGGUGUAACUUUGAAGUUUCCUAACAAGAUCGUGGCUCAGGUAGCCUGUGAUGUUCUUCAGCUGCUGGUUUCCUACUGGGAAAAGCUUCAGAUGUUUGAAACUGCUCUACCGCGAAAAAUGGCCGAAAUCCUCGUGGCCACAAUUGCGUUUCUUUUACCAAGUGCUGAGUACUCCUCAGUGGAAACAGAUAAAAAGUUUAUUGUGUCCUUGCUCCUCUGCCUCUUGGACUGGUGCAUGGCACUGCCUGUGAAUGCCCUUCUCCACCCUGUGUCCACGGCGGUCCUGGAGGAGCUGCACCCACCCCGGGCUCCCUUACUGGAUUAUAUAUACAGGGUUCUGCACUGCUGUGUCUGUGGCUCAAGCACAUACACACAGCAAAGUCACUACACUCUGACCUUGGCUGACUUGUCAUCCACGGAUUAUGACCCCUUCCUGCCUCUGGCAAACGUGAGGAACUCCGAGCCAGUCCAGUACCACUCAUCAGCCGACCUGGGGAACCUGCUCACUGUGGAAGAUGAGAAGAAGAGAAGAAGUGUGGAAUUGAUCCCCCUUACUGCACGAAUGGUGAUGGCCCACCUAGUGAACCACCUAGGCCACUAUCCACUGAGUGGGGGCCCUGCCAUGCUGCACAGCCUGGUCAGUGAGAACCAUGACAAUGCCCACGUGGAAGGUGCUGAGCUAUCCUCGGAGGUGUUCAGGAGCCCAAACCUGCAGCUCUUCGUAUUUAAUGAUAGCACCCUUAUCUCCUACCUUCAGACACCUGCAGAAGGACCAGAAGGAAGGACUUCAGGGGCUUCCCUUUCAGAUGUAAGAGUCAUUGUGAGGGAUAUCUCAGGCAAGUACUCGUGGGAUGGCAAGGUUUUAUAUGGACCUCUGGAAGGCUGCUUGGCACCCAGUGGAAGGAAUCCCUCAUUUCCAGUUUCUGGCUGGCAUCAACACACGUGCGGACCUCAGAAAGAUUUGUCUCACAGUGAGGAGGGAGAUGACGCGCUUGAUAAAUUACUUGAAAACAUUGGCCAUACAAGCCCUGAAUGCCUUUUACCAUCACAACUAAAUCUAAAUGAGCCUUCCCCACCCCCAUGUGGGAUGAACUGUGACCAAGAGAAGGAAAUCAUUGAGGUCAUCCUGCGCCAGAGCAUACAGGAAGAUGAGUAUGUUCAGAGGUGUAACUCUAAUUCUGCAGUGAAGGUCACCAGCCAAAGACAGCCCUCACCAGUGGAGCCCCGAGGACCCUUUUAUUUCUGCAGGUUGUUGCUUGAUGACCUGGGAAUGAAUUCCUGGGACAGAAGAAAGAAUUUUCAUUUGUUGAAGAAAAAUUCAAAAUUAUUGCGAGAGCUAAAGAAUCUGGACUCGCGUCAGUGCCGUGAGACACACAAGAUAGCAGUGUUUUACAUUGCUGAAGGUCAAGAAGACAAGUGUUCCAUCUUAGCCAAUGAAAGAGGAAGCCAAGCAUAUGAAGACUUUGUUGCUGGUCUUGGAUGGGAGGUGGAUCUCUCAACCCACUGUGGGUUCAUGGGUGGUCUUCAGCGCAAUGGCAGCACGGGGCAGACAGCCCCUUACUAUGCUACCUCAACUGUGGAAGUCAUUUUCCACGUUUCCACUCGGAUGCCAUCAGAUUCAGAUGAUUCACUCACCAAAAAGCUCCGUCACCUGGGGAAUGACGAGGUUCACAUCGUCUGGUCUGAACACUCCAGAGACUACCGCAGGGGUAUUAUCCCAACAGCCUUUGGAGACGUUUCGAUCAUUAUUUACCCAAUGAAGAAUCAUAUGUUCUUUAUCACGAUAACAAAGAAACCUGAGGUUCCAUUCUUUGGGCCUCUGUUCGACGGAGCCAUCGUGAGUGGGAAGCUGCUGCCAAGCCUUAUCUGUGCCACGUGCAUCAAUGCCAGCAGGGCGGUGAAGUGCCUCAUCCCACUCUAUCAAAGCUUCUACGAAGAGCGAGCUCUGUAUCUGGAAGCAAUAAUUCAGAACCACCGGGAAGUCAUGACAUUUGAGGAUUUCGCAGCUCAAGUCUUUUCUCCCUCUCCCAGCUACUCUCUCAGUGGAACGGAUUAAAGUACAGAGCUGUCUCAUUAUACUUGAGCAAGGGGUCUUGACCUCCAGCCUGAGUGUGAACCCCAAGAAAAUCCUCCGUGUGGAAGACACAGGCAAGAGUCCCCUGCUUUACCCUGAACCCUCAGACCCAGGCUCCAGGAAACUGCCACUGUGCCAGCACGUGCUGCAAGCCUUCCCAUUGUCGGGCCGCCAAGGUCAGAAGUGAUGUAGUUUGUGUGAAACUUUCAAGCAAGGCUGUGUCCUCUUGUCCUAGAAUCUCAAAACCCUGGACUUCAGAAGAAGAAGAGAAGAAGUUGCCAUCAGUCAGGAACAAGCCUGCUGUCAUGUGGACAAUGGAUAGUCUGGAGCCUCUAGGCAGAACACAGUAGCAAAAGGCUCGGGCCCACAGGGAAGGGGCAGAGGGCACUUGUCUGCAUCCCCGAGUUAUUUUCCUGUCAUUUAUAUACCCAAGCUUGAUUCCCCAAAGGGCUGACAAAACAAUUGUGUCAGUUGUUGGAGGGACUUCCUCCGUAAUGAUUUUGCUAAUCCUUGUGUUAGGGAUUACAGUUUAAUUCAAAGUUUUCAUCAAAAUUUCAUCAUCAUGGAAACUGGCUGUCCCCAGGGUCUUUUCCCAUAGGAAGUUUUCACCUCCAUCAUUGAGCCUUUCUCCACCUGGUACCUGAGAUCUACUGACUUAGAUUUUCCUGGCAACAUAGUUCUGCCAGAUCUUGACAGUGAUGUUUCACACAGAGAGGUCAGAAGUGUCUGGAAAUAUAGGCCUGUCCGCAUGAGAGACUAAGCAGAUAUCUAGCAACCUUGUGCAGGCCAGCUCAGCCCAGCCUAGCUUAGUACAGCUCAGCCCUGCCCAGCUCAGAUCAGCCAUACUAGCCCAGCCCAGCCCUGCCCUGCUCAGCCCUGCUCGCCCAGUCCAGCCUAGCUCAGCCCUGCCCAGCUCAACUCUACCCAACCCUGCUUAGUCCUAUCCAGCCCACCCCUGCCCAGAUCAGCCCUGCCCAGCCCAGCCCUGCCCAAUCCAGACCAGUUCAACCCUGCUCAGCCUUGCCCAACCUUCCCUGCUCAGCCCAGCCCUACCCAGAUCAGCCCUGCUCAGCCCUGUCCAGCCCAGAUCUGUUUAGCCCAGCCCAGCUCAGCCCAGUUCAGCCUAGCCCAGUCCUGCUCAGCCCUGUUCAGUCCAGCUCAGCCCAGCACCACCUACAUCAACACACAAGAUUAGUGCCUAUUCCCGCUCCAGGGCUGACCAGCACCCACGUUGUGUCCAGUGCCCCCCAAAUCUCACUGGUAGUCUUCCUCCUACCUAUUGCUCAAAAAACAAGACAGGCCUUGGAAACAAUUCUUGUCACUUAAGUUUUAGGGUAACAGAUUCCAAGCAAUUGAAAGAAAAAAAAAUAUAUAUAUAUAUAUGCCUAUCUGACUGCAAGGAGAGUGUCUUGUGCCUGUUAGGGAUGGAAAAGAGGAAAGAAGUUAAAUGGAUCCCAGUAUCCCAUCCCUUGCUGGACGUCUUGGACCUUAGAAUCCAGCAACUAAGAGUCAGUUGACAGGGAAGACUUCUGUCCCCCCUCCUCACCCUCUGCCCUUGCCCUAGUCCUAUCUCAGAGCUCCACUGUUGCUCCAUUUCCUGCUCUGCCUCAAAGCAAAACACAGAAAUUGCAGCAGAGGCCAUCCCUUGCUGCAUGGCCCUGCUCCAUGAGGCCGUUUCCCAGUGCAUGUGUCUAGGGUGCCCCCUUCCCUCCAACAGGAAGCAGUUGUAGACUGUAGCCUGCAGGGACUCAGGCAUGGGGAGGAAAGCCCUGACGUGGCCACCUCUCUACCUUCCUCUGCCCUCUAUUCGUGCGCAUCUCUCCUAGCCUACUUGGUCGUUCCUCUGAGUCUGCAUGUCAUGAUUGUCCAUUCUCCCAAAGAAGCCUGCCUUUCCCAUCUACUGUGGAGUUGAUUUGGUAGAGAAAGGGGCAGAGCCAGAAAGCAGGCUUAGUCUGGCAGUGAGUGAGAAUUGUGAGAGCACCCUCCAUCUGCAGGGAGCAACCAUCCAGGUGCUUUGAAGGGAAUUCUGCAGCCUUCCAUCACAGGCCAACAGACAGAAGCACCUGAAGAGCUGCCUAAAGAUCAUAAACAGAACAGGACAUUGCAAAACAGAAGGAAACCUGUAAUCCGUGUGUGCUGUUUCCUAAGAGCCCAGGAUGCUCACUUACUGGGAGCUUAAUGGUGACAGAAGGGUAAUGAGAUGCCAUAGCAUUUCCCUUUGUGUCAGUGAUACCUUGAUCCACCAGUGUGUGUGUGUGUGUGUGUGUGUGAGAGAGAGAGAGAGAGAGAGAGAGAGAGAGAGAGAGAGAGAGAGAGAGAGAGAGAGAGAUAUUUGAGCUUUCUGGUCUGGUUGUCCAGUAUUGCUCAGACUUCUAUUAUUGAUCUGCUAUUUGGCUGUUUACAAAGUGCCCAGACCUGACUCCUGCAGCAAGCACAGCGGCCCCUGCAGCUCAAAUAGCUUCUGCAAGAACACUUGUCUUCAGGCUGCAUAGACAGACCCCUGUUAUGGAAUUCUUGUCAUUUUGGAGUCCUCUAUUUUUGUUUUUUGUUUUUGUUUUUUUCUAGUGGCAACAGAACCCGGGGCCACAAUACAGGCCCCAGAGGUCCUUUUUAUCUUCCCCAGCCUUCUGUUUAUAAUUUUAUUUACCUCCACAAGCCGACACUCCCAGACUUCGAGUGAUAAAUUCAAUUGGAAUUGAAUUUGGAGGUACCAAAUAAUUUGACCUUGAUGUUUUUAACAUCCCCAUGUCCUGGGGAGGAACAGCAGUUUAUGUCUGUUUAUAUUUUACUUUUUUAGUUCAAGGUCCUUAGAUUGGUAAUGGCUCUGGUUAGAGACUUAGACUUGGGGAGUGUGGACUCUGGCAACCAUGUUUGGUUGGAUUUAGCAGUUCUUGUUAUUUGGGGUGGAAAAUUGAAAUUAUCAAGUUUGCUGUUUCUUUUUUUCAGUUGGAAAUGCAAAUAUUGUGUUUUCAUAAUAAGUGUGUUUUAGCAAAAUUACUAAGGGUCACUCAUCCGGUAGCGACCCUCCAGAGAGCCACUCUUCACAUUAGUAUUAGUAGGUCAGCCAUCUGUAAUCAAAGUGGCCCUAAUUACCCCAAAGUGUUAUAAGACUCUCUGGGUUCCUGCAGGGUCUGGCCAGUGCCCUUACUUCUUGGCAUGCUGAUUGCCAGAUUUUCAUAAAGAGGGAAACUGAUGUUUAUAGUCUUGUUGAUUAGACGUUUAUGCUUUUAAAAAAUAGUAAUCCUACAAAAUUAUGACUUUUUAAAAGUAUCUAGACCUUCAGCAGACAGGAAAAAAAGGAAAUUUAGCCUGGUAAGUGACUUUUACAGUGUCUUCAGCAGCCAAGUUUGCAGCUCUUGAGAACCCCGGGGUGUGGCCCCUGACUUGGUGAUGUGGCUAGUUAAUCGGAACCUUAGCCUUAUAAAGGAGAUCACAAAGCUCCAGUGAGCCAUGUAUAUCCUGUCUUCCUGACUGUCCUCAGGUGUCACUUCCUUUUUGCCACUAACCUGUGGUAGAGGUUUGAAGGACCCUCUAAACCUUCCAGUGUGUCUUACCUUAGCUGUGUUGCUCCGUACCUACUGAAGGGGGUGUCACGUAUAAAGAAAACUUGUGCUUGUAUUUGCGCGCAAUUUCUAUGUAUAUGGCAUACACAGUAAGCAAACAUGGUCUUAGUUCCAGGUCUAAAAGUGUAGUGUGUGUAAAUAGGGGGAUAAUUGAUAGAGAGGAUAAAUUAAGUUAUAGCAUGUUGUUUAAUUGUUUUGAGGCCUCUUGUUAUUUAACUUCCCAGUGCUGCACAUUUAGGUUGUUCCGAGAUGGGGGAGACCUCCAGGUCCGCCCCACCUUGGUAGGAGUGUACAUGUGCACUAGGACACACUCCAUGAAGGCAGCCAUGCUGGGAAAACACUUAGCUCCUUAAUGGUGCCACUCCCGCUCCUUUUCGUUCUGAUUCCCUGGGAUGAUUUGAUGAGCUAGAACUACAGCAUCUCGGUGCUGCAUGUUUCUGACAUUCUCAUAGUUUGUAGGAAAAUAAAAGCUUAUCCCAGCAUCUAUACAAAGUUGAUUUGCAUUUUUUAUUGAACAAAGUUAUUCAAAAGCGUUUUAUAAACCCAAAGCCAACAGGUGUUCAAUAUGGUAGCUGAUACCACUCGGAAGGCUUAUACAUACUCAUGCAGGAUCUACGUCAUGGUUCAUAGUAUGGAAUGCUGAUAUUCAGCCACCAGGGCACCUGCGGCCUCUGAUGUCACCGAGUACACUUCUGCAUAUGUGGUUCCUCGAGACUCUGGUCUGCAGAUGGGACACCAUCCGUGUCUCCAUCCAUCAUCUCACCGAAUUAAACCCAUCCCUGUCUUCAUAAUAGCGUGGCUAGGCCAGUACGGUCUGUUUUUACAACUGAUAUUAAGCCUCAUAGUGACCUUUGCCCCCUGCCUUGUCUUUCCUAGGCACCCCCUGCCCUAUUCUAGCUAGAGUUCCUGUCCUUAAGGAGAACUUUGAGAACUUUGGUAUCAGAUGACAGGCAAUAUGUAAUUUUGACCUCCUAGUGUGGCUGAAGCAAGGUACUGAUAUUUCCUGCCUCAGGACUCCAGCAAUCGCAUUACAACCUUGUCUGUGGUCUCUGAGACCAUAGUGUGCCGCUCCAUGUUCCAGACAACAGCGAAUUCUCAGAAUGCUGAAGCAAAUCAUUCACUUGUUCCUUUAGCAAAUGCUUGCUGAGCACCCAUUACUUGCAGAACGUGUUGGUGCCCUGAGAAAAGGUCUAGGGAGUCAAGUGCAAAGUGGAGCCUCAAUUGAUGUGUCUUCAUUUUAGCUUUUAACUGAUAAUCAAGAGCAUAUAUAUGUAGUUCCUUCUAGAAACAACUCAAGCUUUGUGAGCCAGAAGCACUACUUCACAGCCUCCUGCUUCAUUUGGGCAUUUCUAAGGAGGAUUCAGAUUCCUGCCUCAUUUCCUCCCAGGGUAGAACUAAAGCU